CAACACACACGCCAAACAAGGAUACCUCAGAAGCGAUUGGAUAUUAUUCUCCUUCCCCGAAGCAAGUGUGCGUCAGCUGUUCUUUCAUUUUUUUCUUCUAGCUAUUGAGCGCAUGCAACACUGAAAAUAUCAUCACACAAACAUAGGGUAAAGAUGACUUCUGUUCCAUCCAAGACUGAAAGCCCUACCAAAACCUGCCCCCACGCAGCCAAGUUCAUCCAGAAUGGAGUGAAUGGAGAGGAGACUAAAGGAGAAGGCCCACAGGAAAGGAAGUGGAUUCGCCCUGAUGCCCCCAGCAAGUGCACCUGGAAACUGGGGCCUCCCAUUGCAGAGUCCCCUCACUUUCACUCAGAAUUAACAAAAACUCCAAGCAUCAUGCCAAACAUUUUGAAGAAAGUGGGCGACACACCGCUGGUGAAAAUCAACAAGAUUGGCAAGCAUUUUGAGCUGAAAUGCGAAAUGUUGGCGAAGUGUGAAUUCUUCAAUGCAGGAGGCAGUGUGAAAGACAGAAUCAGUCUGCGCAUGGUGGAGGAUGCAGAGAGAGAUGGCCUUCUGAAACCAGGAGACACCAUUAUUGAACCUACAUCUGGGAACACUGGUAUUGGCCUUGCUUUGGCUGCAGCUGUCAAGGGUUACCGCUGUAUUAUCGUCAUGCCUGAAAAAAUGAGCAUGGAAAAGGUGGAUGUACUGAGGGCUCUGGGAGCAGAGAUUGUGAGGACACCCACCAGUGCCAGGUUUGACUCCCCAGAGUCCCAUGUUGGUGUCGCCUGGAGGCUAAAGAAUGAAAUCCCAAACUCCCACAUUCUUGACCAGUAUCGCAAUCCCAGCAACCCCCUGGCUCACUAUGACACUACAGCCGAGGAGAUUAUCCAACAGUGUGAUGGGAAGGUUGAUAUGCUGGUGGCUGGAGCUGGGACAGGGGGCACCAUCACUGGCAUUGCCAGAAAACUUAAGGAGAAGUGCCCUAACUGCAAGAUUAUUGGAGUGGAUCCUGAGGGCUCUAUCCUUGCUGACCCGGAGGAAAUGAACAAGACUGAUAAGACCUCGUAUGAAGUGGAGGGGAUCGGCUAUGACUUCAUUCCCACUGUCCUUGACAGAUCAGUGGUGGAUCAGUGGUACAAGAGCAAUGAUGAGGAGUCCUUCUCCAUGUCCCGCAGGCUUAUUAAGGACGAGGGGCUACUGUGUGGAGGUAGUUCUGGGAGUGCCAUGGCUGCAGCAGUGAAAGCAGCACAGGAGCUGGAGGAAGGCCAGCGCUGCGUAGUCAUCCUGCCUGAUUCCAUCCGCAACUACAUGUCUAAGUUCUUGAGUGACAAGUGGAUGAUCCAGAAGGGGUUCCUGAAGGAGGAAGACAUCAUGGUGAAAAAGCCCUGGUGGUGGAACUUAAAAACCCAGGAGCUGAACCUCUCUGCGCCUCUAACUGUGCUGCCCUCUGUCACCUGCCAGAGGACAAUUGAGAUUCUCAAAGAGAAGGGCUUUGACCAGGCCCCAGUCGUGAAUGAAUCAGGGCUUAUUUUGGGAAUGAUCACAUUGGGAAACAUGCUUGCUUCUUUGCUUGCUGGCAAAGUCCAACCAUCUGAUCCGGUCAGCAAAGUCCUGUACAAACAGUUUAAAAAGAUCCAUCUGAAUGAUAACCUGGGUAAACUGUCCUGUAUCCUGGAAACAGAUCACUUUGCUCUUGUGGUUCAUGAGCAGAUUCAAUGUGAGGCUGAACAGUCUAAUGUCAGCAAACCAGAAAGGCAACAAUAUUAUUUAAAAGAUCUUGCGGAUGGAUCUUCCGACAAAAAACAGAUGGUGUUCGGAGUUGUUACAGCCAUCGACAUGCUCAACUUUGUUGCCUCAAAGGAGAAAAGGCACACUGAAAACUGAAUGUUUGUUUUUUAAAACAUCCUGCUGAAAAAAAGCUGAAUGUAAUAUUUGUUUUGCUUUGUUAACCACUGGUUCAUUGUUAGUCUGCUAUUAACAGUAACAUUACAAUAAGUAAUUAUAUAGAUGGGUGGUCUAUAGAACUAGUUGAUUUUAACAUGACACAUAUAUACACAUUAUAUAUAUAUAUAUAUAUAUAUAUAUAUAUAUAUAUAUAAGAAAAAAGAAAAGGAUAUUUCAGGUACUUAAAGGUAGAAUAAUUGAUUACAAAUCAGUUAUCAGGACGUUUCGGACUACAACAGUUUUUGUAUUCAGCCGAUGAAGGACUUGUAGUCCGAAACGGUUUAUGGAUUUAUUUUUACUUUUCAUUGUGUAGGUUUUUGUUUACUUUAAACCUUUAGUUUUCUCUGUGGCCUGAAAUAAGAAGUGACCAGUGUGUUCAAUUCAUCGAGUCAAUCGUAUGCCUUGCUUAGACCAAAAAACCUAAAGUGGUUACUUGGCAGACUUAUGGGGGAUCUGGCCAGGUUAAGCUUUUUAUUUUCAUGGAUUUAAAUGUGAUCUUUUGUUCUUGGUAGACUCUCUGAAGAUGGUAUAAAGGUAAUUAAUAGUAUAAUGUGGACCUUUGUUACAUUUUGCUUGUUUGGCUUUAAACUGUAUCCUAUGUAAUACUGUAAUUGGAUACAGGAAAAACAGUAAUCAAAUUAGCUGAAAUGGAAGAAACUUGAAUAAAAGUGGGGGUUUUUUCUGA